AUGGCCGACUUCACUGACAAACUGAGACCUGCGGACCCUCAGGGUCCUGAUAUCCUGGCCCAAGAGAGAGCCAGCUCAAACUUGAACACCGAGCAACUGGCACAGCAUCUCCUUGCGAGAAACGACUUCCUCGCUCGCCAGAAGAGGAUCUUGUCGAUACUCGAGCCGAUCCCGUACUUUUGUAAGAAGAACCAAUUGAACAUGGCCAGACCGGACAGAUACCACCUGGGGCUUGCUCGAGCAAAGACCCUGAGGAGGCUGUCUCUCAAGCACGGGUGGGACCGCGAUGACUAUAUCAUGGCGGAUUAUCUGACAGACGAGAUGGCGCCCUACGCUCUGCAAGCAACCAUGUUCGCCACCUCGAUCCGCGAGCAGUGUAACGACGAGCAGAGGGCCUACUGGCUUCCCAAGGUCGAGAAGUGGGAGAUUAUAGGUUGCUACGGACAGACCGAACUCGGCCAUGGCAGCAACGUCAAGGGCAUCGAGUGUGAGGCCAGAUGGGAUCCAAAGGCGAAGCAAUUCAUCAUCCACAGUCCGACCAUCACCGCGAGCAAGUGGUGGAACGGGGCGUUGGGCCGCACGGCAAACCACGCCAUCGUCGUCGCUCAGCUCCUGUUGCCGGACUCAAGUACUGGCAAGUACAAGUCAUACGGCCCUCACCAGUUCAUCGUCCAGAUUCGGCACAUGAAAACCAACAAGCCGCUUGACGGGAUUGUGAUUGGCGACAUUGGUCCCAAAUACGGCUACCCCGGUAUGGACAACGGCUAUAUGCUCUUCGAUCGCUUCAGGGUACCACAUUCGGCGCUGCUUUCAAAGUACUCGGGAGUCGACCCUGAGCGUGGCACCUAUAUCAAGCCCAAGAACCCGGCAGUGGUAUACGGAUCCUUGACGUUUGUCAGAGCCCAGAUCAUCAUGCAUGCACGAUUGGUGCUGGCUCGAGCCGUGACGAUCGCGGUACGCUACCUAUCCAUACGAAGACAAUUUGCAGAUCGCGACGCGAAGGAUAUCGGGGCACCCGAACAGGCUGUGUUGAAUUAUCCCACCGUGCAGAUUCGGAUCCUACCUCUCCUGGCCACAACCUUCGCGCUGCACUAUACCGGCGAAGCCAUGUACAAGCUAUACUAUGGCACUCGGGAGGCGAUCGAGAAGAGCGGCGACUUUUCCAGACUUGCCGAGAUGCAUGCCGCGUCGUCCGGUCUCAAGUCCCUGUGUACGACGUUGGCAGCAGAUGGUAUCGAGACGUGCCGCCGCGCCAUGGGCGGUCAUGGCUUCGGAGGCGGCAGUGGCAUGAUCGCUCUCAACAACGAGUAUCUCUCCAAGCCGACCGUCGAAGGCGACAACUGGAUGAUUACACAGCAGACGGCCGCGUACCUGAUCAAGAGAAUGACGGAAGUGGCCGCGAAGCCCAACAUGAAGCCCAAGGAGACGGUCGACGUUCAGUUCCAGGAAUUCGUGGCUACCAAGGCCAGGUCGCGUGAUUACGACGUCCUCGGACAGGAAAGCGACCUCGUCCAGGCGUUUAAGCACAGAGCAUCGUAUCUGUCUUACCAGGCUUACCAUGCGAGAGUGGUCGAAAAGAAGCCGUGGACCAGUUUGAUGAUCCAGCUUCAUAGGCUCAGCAAAGCACAUUCCGAAAGUCUGCUCGUGUCCAACUUCUACACCGCCGUCUUCGAAUCGCCACCGAGCCCUCCCCUCGAUGCAACUGCGAUUGAAGUCAUGAAGAAGUUGUUCAAGCUGUUCGCGCUCUUCACGCUCGACGCCUCUGCUUCCGAGUUCCUCCUCAGCAAGGCACUGACGGUCGACCGGUUGGCGAUGGUCACGCCAGCGAUACAGGAUCUCAUGACGCAGGUCCGCCCACACGCAGUCCGGCUCGUGGAUGCUUGGUCCAUCCCCGAUUACCUGCUCGAAAGUGCCCUGGGUAGUUACGACGGCGACGUGUACAAUCGGCUGUACCGCAAAGCCCACAAGGAGAACCCGUUGAACAAGCUGACCUUUAACCCGGACUGGAAGACCGAGGAAAUCAUCAUGGGCGAAGGGGAAGAGAAUGCGAGGAGGCGGUUAGAGGCAUUGGCUCUGGGCACAACUGAAUACGAUGCGAAGCCAAAGCUUUAG